AUGGCAAGGUGCUCUUGGACAAUGUUGUUCCUUCUCUCUGCCCUUUCCCUUCAGACAGAGCAGACAGUGUUUCUAUCGGCUGACGAUGCAAACAGAGUUAUCAAGAGGCAGAGGCGUGCCAGUUCCUUACUUUUGGAGGAGGUCCUCCAAGGUAGCUUGGAAAGGGAAUGCCUUGAAGAGCGAUGUACGCAUGAAGAAGCAAGAGAAGUAUUUGAAAAUGAUGAAAUGCUUAAAAUAUUUUGGGAUGUCUACUAUGGCGGCAGGAUGUGCUCGUCGAGCCCCUGCCAGCACGAUGGCGUGUGCGAGGACAGCAUUCGCGGCUACACCUGCACCUGUGCCGAGGGCUACGAGGGAGAGAACUGUGCUUUCGCUAAAAACGAGUGUCACCACCAAGCAAAAGAAGGAUGUCACCACUUCUGCUACCCGGGAAGUAAUUCCUAUCGUUGCUCCUGUGCUGAUGGCUAUGAGCUCGGGAAGGACAAAAAACAGUGCAUCGCGUUAGAUCAAUGUGCAUGUGGGAGACUUCAAGGCAGGGAUAAUCUGAUAAGCGAAACCAGGAAGAAACAUGACGAGCGAUUUCCAUGGCAGGUCCUGCUGCUAAACUCAGAAGGGAAGGGCUUCUGUGGAGGAGUGCUCCUGAAGAGUAAUUUUGUAUUGACUACAGCAGAGUGCGCCCUUCUGCACCACCAUUUUGAAAUCAGGGUUGGUGCUGGGCAUAAUGAAACCAGUGGAACUGAGAAGAUCAUGCAAGUUAAUGAGAAACAUAUACACAUCCGGUAUGAUGAAGACACUGGUGAAAACAACAUUGCAUUACUAGAACUCCAAGAGCACAUUGAGUGCAACACCCACCAGCUUCCUGUAUGCAUCCCUGAAAGAGACUUUGCAGAACAUGUUCUAAUUCCAAAAUUGGCUGGUACAGUCAGUGGCUGGAGGAUGGAAGGUGAUGAACUUCAAGGUGACGAGUUGCAGGUUUCAUACCUUCCUACUGAGGAGUGCAAACAAAUACUCAACAUGAGCCUCACAAACAGGCAGUUUUGUGGACACCUCCAGGAGGCUGUAGACAAACAACUGGCUGGAGGAAGCUUUUUAGCUACCAAAUAUAAGGCCACUUGGUUUCUGACUGGUAUUCUGGGAUCUUGGCCACUAGAGGAUGCUGACUUGGAAACUUUCCUAUUCACUAACACCGCAAGGUAUAUUGUAUGGCUUAAACAAAAAAUGAACUAA